AUGCAUCGGCCUAAGCAAUGGGUUCUAUAUGCUAGGAGAAAGCAAAGUCACGUUAAGAACCAGUUGGAACACAACAAACUCCUCAAGGUUCGAUGUAACAACAACGAAGGGGAGAAAAUUGUGAAAAUCGGUGAAGAAUAUGAGUUUACUUUUGGUGAUAAAUUUUUCGGAACAACCCAUUAUUCGGGUAAAAUGGACCAAAGUCCUAAUUUCAAACAUCACCAAGAGUUUGUGGCGUAUGACGCUUCAUGGAUCAAAGCUCUUGAGGCUACAUGUAAGUGGAUUGCUAGAGAAGAUGACAUCUACUUGUCUCAAGAUGGAAACCCUCCUCUUAGGAGAUAUGUGUGGGACGGUCCUCACCUCUUCAAAAACUAG